AUGACUGCAGACCAUCAAGUCGAGAUCACGGAGAGCGUCACCGACCUCAGCGCAACAGCCUGGCCAGGUGAACGACUCCCAACCAGAUACGACGUGGACGAGGCCACCGAGAUCCCAGAGUCAUCCUUCGUCGAUCGCUUCGCCGCAGCGCUACUGCAUGCCGAACAUGGAGACAACCGCGAAGACGUAUCCUGGAUCAUGGAGGGUUGCGCCAAUGAACCAUCCCGCCCUGCUGCAACACUUACCUACCCCAUGAUCUUACUGUUGGAUGCACCCACCUUACCAGCAGAAGACGAGGUCGAUCGUCUGGCAUCGGAGUUUGACAACUCUUGGCGGAAUCGUGUCUUCCUAAGAUCAAUCAAGAUUGGUUGGACCCGUACUUCUUCAUCGUUACCGUACCUACGAUUGGCGCUGGCAUGCCUGACAGCGCUGUCCGAGAACAGGAAUGAUGGAACAGGGUCGGCUUCGUUAGUGGCUGGAAAUCUCUUCCACUGUGGAGCGAGCCUGGCAACUGUGAUGGUCGAGGUAGAUAAUAGACUCGCUCGCUCAAUUGACACGAUUCUUGCAAUAACGUUACUCUGCACCUACGGCUGCCUCUCCACAUAUCCGAGUCAAUGGAGGCGAAGCAUGGGUCUUCUGUGCAAUGUCACAACGAUGUCCCGGCGGCUCCAUCUCACUGACAAUCGUUCGCUCUUAUACAUGGAGAAUGACGACCCACGCAAGGCCCUUCGCUAUGACAGCUCGCUAAUCAGCUACAUGCUGCUCGUCGAUGUUUUGCAGGCUGUCCACUUCGACUUCAUACCGAAUUACUCCACUCAGGAGUUGUUCAUACAGAUGCCAGGCUCUCCCCACACGUUUCACAAAGUGUAUAAGUCGCUGCUUGAUGGCUUUGCUUUGCCAGCGGACCUCACGUUCCGCGAGGAUGCACUUCUUCUCCUUGUAGCACUGCUAGGAGACGUCAUUCGUGCGCAGAAGACUGGCUCACUGCCCUCCGCAUUCCACGAAUCAUUAAGCAACCAGAACCCGUACGCUCCGAUGACCGUGCACUGGGAGACGAGCCGUCUUGAGGCCACGCUCGAGUCGGCAUUGACCGGAUGGCGAAGCCACUUCACCCAGACUUCGCACGACGUGUUGGCACUAUAUCACUUUGCUCGACUCCAUUUGAUCGUCCCGCAAACGUGUAAGCUUGCUCGCUGGGCAGGCUAUCCCGACAGGAUGUCCAAGGCUUCCAGCACCACAGGAUUGGCAAUUUCGACUGAAGCGGCUGAUCUUGCGUGGGAAGUACUCGCAGCGUCUGAAGCUUGUCGAACAGGUUCCGAGUCGUACAUGUCCAUCUGGCUUCCCGUGGUUGUUUUUUAUUCUGCUUUGGUGGUAGGAAGGGAGUUCCAGAACAAAGGUCAACCAAAGACGAAUCUGUCGAGUGCCAGAAUACUGGGUAGCUUCAAAGAGGAGUUGCAACGACUAGACUGGCCAUGCUGCGCAGCCAUGAACGCCACCAUAGUUCGCACAUAG